UGCCCUCACUUGCUCUUCUUUUAUGCCUGAUCGCGUUGCCCCGUACAUCCGCAAAACAAUGUCGACCGCAACGCCCAGCACGGAGUCUGACAACAGACCCGUUUUCUUCUUCGAUAUUGACAAUUGUCUUUACUCCAGAGAGUGCAACAUCUUCGGCCACAUGCAAGAGCUCAUAAACAAAUUCUUCACCACCCACCUCUCCCUGAGCACCGAAGACGCCCACGUCCUGCACAUGAAAUACUACAAGGAGUACGGUCUUGCCAUCGAGGGGCUGACGCGCCACCACAAGAUUGACCCUCUCGAAUUCAACCGCGAAGUCGAUGAUGCCCUGCCGCUGGAUGACGUUCUGAAACCGGAUCUGAAGCUGCGACAGCUACUCGAGGACAUUGACAAGGACAAAGUGCGGCUAUGGCUCCUCACAAACGCAUAUGUCACUCAUGCCAAGCGGGUCGUCAAGCUCCUGCAAGUCGAUGAUAUGUUCGAGGGUGUUACCUACUGCGACUACUCGCAGACGCCUUUGGUCUGCAAACCCAGUCAGGAGAUGUAUGAGAAGGCAGAGAGGGAAGCAAAGGUCCCUAGUGGGGCCAAGAGCUACUUUGUUGAUGAUUCUCAUUUGAAUUGCAAGCAUGCUGCAGAACGAGGAUGGGAGACUGCCCAUCUGGUCGAGCUCGGAGUUACUCCUCCUUCGGCACCAGCGUCGCAGUACAUGGUUCGGAGUCUAGAGGAUCUACGGAUUUGCUUCCCGCAUCUAUUCAAGACCGGCAGUUCACUCCAGAACUGAUAGAUUGGUCGAUAUAGAUCUUUACGUGUGUAUAUGAAAUGUCAUGUUUAUGGAUAUACGAACCAUGGAGGACUUUUAUACAGGUCACUGGGAAUUUUCUCCAGUCGAUUUCUGCUUUCACUAUAGAUUUCUCUGAAUUCAAGUAUAUAAUUGGUGUUCAGAUUAGAGACUGACUGUUUUAGAAGAAUUUGUACAAGUCAUUAUAGAUUGUCUUAAUGCUUAUAAAAUAUAUAAU